AUGCCUGCGCACAAGCGAAAGUUGUCCCUUAACCCCAAGCCUCAACCCCAUCGUCUUCGAUCAUCGAGUCGGUCAAGAAAGGCUCCGAGCGAUUCUUGGACUAGAUCAAGGCAUGGUCAGCAAAACGCCAAUGCGGAUGAAUCAGGAGAUGAGUAUGUCGACGAGUCCGAGGAGAAUGACGACGAGGACGCAGACAACGAAAACGACCGAGACGGCGACAAUGACGACUCAACACAAGACGUACUCAAGAACCACGAAUCGGACGGAGAGACUGACGAAGACGAGCCGCCGAGAUUAACCAUUAUCCCCCUCGAGCGAAUGAGAGACGCCGGUGACAUCAAAUACGUUGAUUUUAGGAUUCAUCCAAACAGUCUGGUAUUCUUGGAAGAUUUGAAGGAAAACAAUAAUAGAGCGUGGUUGAAAGCCCACGAUGGGGAGUUCCGUCGAGCAUUCAAGAACUGGGAGACGUUUGUGGAGCGUACAACGUCUUCAGUUAUGUCUAUUGACGAUACUAUACCCGAGCUUCCUGCCAAGGACGUCAUGUUUCGCAUCUACAGAGAUUUGCGUUUCAGCCCUGACAAGAAGCCAUACAAGGCACACUUUUCAGCCGCAUGGUCUCGUACGGGACGAAAAGGGACAUACGCACACUAUUAUAUACAUUUCGAACCUGGCGCGUCUUUCAUUGCCGGCGGCAUCUUUGCACCCAACGCCCAGCAGCUUCGAAGCGUUCGGGCGAGCAUCGACGAGAGACCCAGGCGAUGGCGUCGAAUAUUAAAUGACCGCAACCUCAAGGAGUCGUUUAUGCCUAGCUUAAAGACAGGGUCUAGGGAGGAUGAGGCGCUCAAGUACUUUGCCCGCGAGAACAAGGAGUCUGCUCUGAAGACGAAGCCAAAAGGAUUUAUUGCUAACCACCGGGACAUUGAACUCUUGAAGCUGAGAAAGUUUACUUUGAGUAAGAAGAUCCAGGAUGACUUGCUGCUCGCCGAUAAUACACAGGAAAAGGUCACAGAGAUUCUAAGACCCUUGGUCGGAUUUAUUACCUUCCUCAACAGCAUAGUCAUGCCGGAUGGGGACUCGAGUAGUUCUGAGAGUGAUGACUCCGGGGGGGACGAUUAG